CCUGGUCUUUCUAUCCUUAAAUCUCUCGUCUUUGCUGUCCGAUCUCUCCUCGCUUUCUCUCUAUUACGGCAAUUAGAUGCAGCACAAUUGACCGUGCUACUACAACGACUCACUGAAAUUACCUUAUAGACUAUGAGAGUCAUUAACAACCGGAAAGCUCAAUUUUUAUUUUCUGCAUAGAACCUGAAGCGGAGUUUGACUUGUUUUUAUCUGGACCCCACUGUCACGUUGGGAUUUUCAGAGGAGCGCACACUGUGGAGUUUUAUUUUUUGCCGGUGUGGUGGUGUAUAUUUUAUUAUCACAUCCCUUGAAGUCAGGACUACGAGCUAAAUUCACACAGUUGGAAUACCGCAAAGCAGGGUAACCAACCAAGCUGGAACUGGGUCGACGAGCAAAGACAUCUGGAGACAAAUACAGGCACUGCACCCCCGACCAAUGACCUACACGUAGACCCACUCUCUUGGGAUGGGGGGCACCGAGUUGCACAAAACUGCUCUGAUUGGCUGGAGCUCUGUCUGUCAGCUGUCAAUCACAGCCUGAGGAGCAGGUUAUUGGUCUGGGUUGCUGUGGGGGGUGGGAGAGGAGUUCCGGAACUUCCAGGACCACAAUCUGCUUGGCUGAGCGCAGCAGGAGCAUGUUGAGGGGAGCCAGGCCAGAGGGAACCAGUACCUCUCCAUUGAGCUCUGGAGGAGCCACUAUAGCCCAUGGAAUGGGGAUGGUCUACCUAUCCAAGGUCUACCUUCUCUUAUGGAUUGGCUUCCUGUUAGCGUCUGUGUGUCUGCCGGUCAUGGCUCAGACCCCAGUCCACCCUGUUGUCACCACAAAUUACGGGAAGCUGCGUGGGUUAAAGACGACGCUGCCCAAUGAGAUCCUAGGGCCCGUGGAGCAGUACUUGGGGAUCCCGUACGCUUUGGCCCCUACAGGGGAGAGACGCUUCCAGCCCCCCGAGCCGCCCAUGUCCUGGCCUGGGAUCAGGAAUGCUACCCAGUUCGCCUCUGUGUGUCCACAGUACCUGGAGGAAAAGUUACUCAACGACAUGCUGCCGGUGUGGUUCACAGCCAACUUGGAUACAGUGGUAACCUAUAUGCAGGAUCAGAACGAGGACUGCCUGUACCUAAACAUUUACGUGCCAACUGAGGAUGACAUCCAUGAUGAGAACGGGCUGAAGCCGGUCAUGGUGUACAUCCACGGUGGAUCCUACAUGGAGGGAACGGGGAACAUGAUCGAUGGGAGUAUCCUGGCGAGCUACGGAAACGUCAUCGUAAUCACCAUAAACUACAGGCUCGGAGUGUUAGGCUUCCUAAGCACAGGGGACCAGGCAGCCAAGGGGAACUAUGGACUGCUGGACCAGAUCCAAGCCCUGAGGUGGAUCAAAGAGAACAUUCAGGCCUUCAAAGGAGAUCCAAAGAGAGUGACAAUCUUCGGCUCUGGUGCAGGGGCAUCGUGUGUUAGCUUGCUCACGCUCUCUCACUACUCAGAAGAUCUCUUCCAGAAAGCCAUCAUCCAGAGUGGUACAGCUCUGUCCAGCUGGGCGGUUAACUACCAGCCUGCCAAGUACACACGGAUGCUGGCUGAGAAGGUGGGCUGCAACAUGCUGGACACCAUCGACCUGGUGGAGUGUCUCCAGAGCAAGAACUACAAGGAGCUGAUCGAACAGAACAUCUUACCCGCAAAGUACCACAUCGCCUUCGGCCCCGUCAUCGACGGCGAUGUCAUCCCGGACGACCCCCAGAUCCUCAUGGAGCAGGGCGAGUUCCUCAACUACGAUAUCAUGCUGGGGGUCAACCAAGGCGAAGGGUUCAAGUUUGUGGAGGGCAGCGUGGACAGCGAGGACGGCGUCUCGGCCAACGACUUCGACUUUGCCGUGUCGGACUUUGUGGAUCACCUCUACGGCUACCCGGAGGGCAAGGACACGCUAAGGGAGACCAUUAAGUUCAUGUACACUGACUGGGCCGACAAGGAGAACCCCGAGACAAGGAGGAAGACGUUAGUCGCACUCUUCACCGACCACCAGUGGGUGGCGCCGGCCGUAGCCACAGCGGACCUCCAUGCCCAGUAUGGUUCGCCGACGUAUUUUUAUGCCUUCUACCACCACUGCCAGAGCGACAUGAAGCCUAGCUGGGCUGACUCGGCACAUGGGGACGAGGUUCCCUAUGUGUUCGGGAUCCCCAUGAUCGGACCCACGGACCUGUUCAACUGCAACUUUUCCAAGAACGACGUCAUGCUCAGCGCGGUUGUUAUGACUUACUGGACUAACUUCGCCAAGACAGGAGAUCCAAACCAGCCCGUUCCUCAGGACACCAAGUUCAUCCAUACAAAACCCAACCGCUUUGAAGAGGUUGCCUGGUCGAAGUACAACCCCAAGGACCAGCUCUACCUGCACAUCGGCCUGAAACCCAGGGUCAGGGACCACUACCGGGCCACUAAGGUAGCCUUCUGGCUUGAACUAGUUCCACACCUCCACAACAUAAAUGAGUUGUUCCAAUAUGUAUCCACAACGACCAAGAUACCGCCGCAGGACACCACCCCGUUUCCUUACACCAAGCGUUUCCCGGGGAAUCGGCCUUCUACCACCCGCCACCCUGGGGUUCCCUCCGCUAACACCAAGCAGACCACCGACCAGCGGAAAGGUGAGGACCUCACCGACGAAUCAGCCGUGGUUAUCGAGACUAAACGGGACUAUUCCACGGAGCUGAGCGUCACCAUCGCCGUGGGAGCCUCGCUGCUAUUCCUCAACAUCCUGGCGUUCGCCGCGCUCUACUACAAGAAGGACAAGCGGCGGCACGAGUCAAACCGGCGCGGGCCAAGCCCACAGCGUAUCUCCGCCGGGCCGGCCAACGCGGCGGUCUGCGCCAAUGACAUCGCCCACCUGCAGAGCGAGGAGCUGAUGUCCCUGCAGAUGAAGCAGCAACAGCAGACGGAUCACGAGCACCACCACGAGUGUGAGUCGCUCCAGGCCCAUGACGCGCUGCGCCUCACCUGCCCACCCGACUACACCCUCACGCUGCGUAGGUCGCCAGACGACAUCCCCCUCAUGACGCCCAGCACCAUAACCAUGAUCCCCAACUCGCUGGCCGCCAUGCAGCCGCUUCACAACUUCAACACGUUUGGCGGCAGUCAGAACAGUACCAACCUGCCCCAUGGACACUCCACCACCAGGGUAUAGCUCAAUGUGGAGAAGUCAAACGUCCAUGUGGCCUGGCCUGUGUUGGACAAACACGGAGGAACGAGAGGAGAAUGACUGACUGUGUUUCACACAGAACUCGUCUCAGUGGAUGAGAUGUUAUUUUGCUACCAUGCCUUCUUGAACAGUAUAUAUCAAAGUCAAAUAGGAACUUCUAAUGACGCGUUUGAAAAGUGAAUGUUACCAUAGUAACGCCGUUUUCAGAGUGAAGCUUCUCAAAAUGAAUCGAAGAGAGUUUUUACCAAAAGAUCAACACCUGAAGACAAGUGGAAUAAUCGGCUUUAGAAUGCUUGAAAAAACAAUAUAAAACACGAAGGGUUACAGUGAUGACAAGGAUUACUCAAAUAUCUUUUUGUGCCAUUUAAGUACAUCAGAGGACAAUAACACACAAUUGUACAGUGAAAUAUCACUCUACUGCAUUGGUAAAGUAUGACAGACUAGUCAUGGGCACUGAAUUUGAAACUACCCCCAGCCUGAAAUGUAUUUAUGAAAACUUUGUAAAAAAAAAACUAAAAAACAGUAUAUAGUUGUGAGUGAAAAUAAACUAAAAAAUAGAACUUUAAAGAACUUCUAUUGUUGUUUGAGUUUAACUAUGGCUUUUCCAAGCGUGUUCUUUCUGUUGAGGUGUGUGUAAAUAAACAGUAUCAGCCAUUAUUCAUUUUUUGUUGUUGUAUUAAAAUCUGUUUUCACAGCAGCAGAUAAAAAAAAAACACUAUCCAUUUUGGGAGAAUACUGUGCAUCGUCUAGACAACCAUUAUAUUGUCCCGUGUGUCCUUUGGAUCCAUUUCUGACACAACGCUAGUCCGGGAACUGCUUUAUAAUCUCCAUUUUCCGACAGCAUUCUGAUUCUGUCUCAAAAUGAGGUUCGAUAUCUUGAGUCCAUUUUUUUUUGUCACCCGAUUCAUCUUGUUCUGCUUUUAAUCGUUUUGUUUGUAGGCUUUUAAAUUUUUUUUAAUGUCUAGCAGCAAUCUCACCACUGUCUGAGCUUCAAAUGUGACCAGAAAUGUAUUAUUUAGAAAAAAAGGCAGUGGAUUUUGGUAUCAAUAUUAGUUGGAUAUGUUUGUAAAGAAGUAUAUGUUAGAUAUUUCAAAUUGUCAUAUGCUAGCAAUAUGUAAAGUAUUGUGCCAGGCUUUUGAUAUGUUGUGUUACUACAACACAAGUGAAUGAAUGUAAAUAAUAAUAAUGAUACAUGAUAUUAUUAAUAAUAACAAUUAUAAGUACAAUAUGAAGUCAACAUUAACCCAAAUUAUUUCCGUUCUGCAUCCUAUUACCGAAAAAAACUAAAGCAAGUCCAUAUAAAAAGGUUUAUAAUAAUGCUACAUUUGUAAAUUCAAUGAAAAAAAUAUAUCCUUACCAUUGGUCCAUCAACUGUCAAGAUACCAAGGGUUUUGAUGUAGGAUUUGAAAUGGUUUUAGUUUGUCUGAUAUUGUUUGCAGUUUUGCCUUAAGUGAUAGAUGAUAUUUCUGGCUGGACACCUGUAUAAAGAUUUUCUGCAGCAUUUUUAAUAAAAUAUCACAGUAUUUUCUAAAGAAAA